UAUUAGCAGAGUGACACAGCUGCCUCACAGAACCAGUGGCAAUUUCAAGAAACCUGUGGAGUACUCUUUUACAGCUGACAAGAAGAGCUUCCUCAUCCAACUGAAUUAUCAGAUAAUGACAGGAGUCAAAAUGCAAUUGAUCUUCCAGUCCUUCCUGUCUUGCUGUCUGCUGGCGACAGUAGCACACUGUGUGGAACUUGAAGUGAAUCCGGAGUUGAAAAAAAGGCUAAGCACAUGGCUAGGAAGCAGAUUGAGAAGGGAUCUUGACAGUGUAUCAGUAGAGAAGACAGCAGAGUCUGAGUACUUUGUCAGACCAGAAGAUAUCAGGGAUACUUUGCUGCCACAUUCCAGCACUGACACCAGUGUCCGAACCAAGAGGUCUAAAAACUCAGCCAACCAGUCAAGAAGGCAAGGUUGUUCGCUGGGCACCUGCACCGUGCACGACCUCGCACACCGUCUGCACCAGCUUAAUAACAAGUUGAAGAUCGGGAGUGCCCCUGUUGACAAGAUCAGCCCGCAGGGAUACGGCAGGAGGCGUCGAUCUCUUCCAGCGCACAGAGUCACACUCAGGCUGGAAGAGGGCAGGCUGAGGCCCGUGUGGAGCAUAAAUGACUCACAAGUUCACAAGCUCGAGGCUCUCCUCAGACGGACAUGAGCGGGACUUCGCAAGAGGAGUUGGAAACAAAAGCAAGGGAGUUAGUGGUCUCUCUAUGUUCUAAAAUUCUCAAAAUGCCUUAAGACUUCUGCCAAGUAUUUCCAGGCACUUUUUUUUCAAGGCAUGAUAACUGAGUCAGAGCAAGACUGGCUGCACUGAGUUUCUCUAAAGCCUUGCAGCUCGGCGAUGUACAGCGUGCAAACAACUGCAGCUGGCGUACAGACACUGGAUGGCAGAGCGUGGAGCGAACUACAGGUGCUGCUCUCUGCUUGGCAGAGGGAAAUGAAGAGUUCUAAAAGCUGACAAAGUGGACACAUCCUCUGGCUUAAAGAGGGAACUCUCUUCUAUAAUUCUGGGACUUUACACAUUUCUUCCUCAAGGCCAGGACUUUGAUAAGCGCUAUCCUCUAAGGAUUAUGCCACCAUGUUCCAAACUGUCAGUACUUGUCUGCACUUUUCCAUUUGGACUUAAAGUCGAAUGAAUCAUCAGGAAAAAAAACAUCUUCAUCACAAUGCCAAACAGGAAGAUAGGCUACAGAGCUCUGAAGCUCUCAGUUUAUAUCAAGUUUUGGACACUGUAUAAGGGAAAAUGCCUUAGAUUCUGUGAGAUAUGUGCCAGUCCACAAUGGAUUGAAAUAUACUUGAAAUUGUUAUUGUUUGUACAAAAACAUGUGCAAUCUAUAUAUUGUUUUUUUAUUGCAGGUAUAUGUAUAUAUGAAUUCCUUUAUUUAAAUUUUAUAUAGAGGUUACAUUAGAGUACUUAUGCAGAUAGAACUAUUUUUGUACAGGAAGAAAUAUAUAUAUGGGCAUUGUAGCUAUUUGUCAUUAUUAUUUUGCAAACUGUGGUAAUAGGAUAUGUGUUUUAUAUGUAUAUUAUAUAUUUGUAAAUGCGUUCUAUUUUAUUUGUGUCAAAGCAAUAACAUUGUUAUUCAAUAAACAUUUUGCAUACAAAA